AUGCAGACUCCCGCCUACUCGACGGUAGCCGAGCCGCAGUCGACGACGUUCCGCACGGCCAAAGACGACGUCCCCCUUGUGCGUCUUGAGCUGGACCCCAGCACGCGCAUAUUUGUGCUGUACCUGCUUGGCGAGCAGACUCCCGACAACCGACUGACGCAUGAAAUGAUCCUCGAGGGCAUCCUUCCUGCGCUGGAGCACGUCAAAGCGCAGUGGGCCGACUGGGUCGCAAACAAAGACGUUGGCCCUGGCGCGGCGCUCGUAACCUCUGCGCUGACGACGAACAAGAUCUUUUCAAACGGCCUCGAUCUCCAGCGUGCGAUCGCGGAUCCCAAGUUCUUUGACCAAGUCCUGAACGGCCUCUUCCGUGCGUACCUCACUCUCCCGAUUCCCAGCGUCGCGUCGGUCGGCGGCCAUGCGUUCGCGGCCGGCUUUACGCUUGCGUGCGCGCACGAUUACCGGGUGCAGAACGGCCACCGGGGCUAUGUGUGCCUGAACGAGAUCGAGUUCGGCGCGCCGGUCCCCACGGGCAUGACGGCGAUGCUGCGUACGGUGACGUCUGCGCCCACGACGCUGCGCAAGAUCAUCCUCGAGGGCCACCGCUUUAACGCACAGGAUGCUUUCGAGCACAAACUCGUCGAUGUGAUCGCCCAAGGCCCCGACUACGAGGGCCCUGCCGGCACGCUGAAGAAGUCGAUCGAGCUUGCGAUGGACCUGCGCUCGCGCUCUGUGGCCAAAGCCUACGGCGUGAACCGCGAGCGGAUCUACCGCGAGCAGCUCGAGGAGCUCGCCCGUCCCGACAAACUAGAGGUUGUGUAG